AUAAGGCAGGCAAACACUUCAGUCAUACAAUGCAAUUUGUUUAAUAACAAACAUCUGACAAAUAUAGGAUUUUUAUGCUAGAGACGGAAUAACGCAUGUGUUUUCUGUUAAAUAACAUUGGACUAUACACACAUUAUAACGGAUGUACAGUGUGUCGCGUAAUAACAGAAGUAAUGCUACAUUCAUCAUGUGCCUAUAUCAUAUCCUUUAAUCCCGAUCAUAUUCUGGAUCUCAAUAUAUUAAAAGAAUCCUGCAAUUGACGCCUCUUUCGAGAUAUAUCUAGUACACUAAAAUAUAUAUGGGAUUUAAGAAAAGUCAGACGCCCGAUAUCGAAUCUCAUUUUCUUUAUGAGUAACGCGUAAUUGAGAAGAAAAUUGAAACAAAAACUGGUUACGAGUGACAUAUUCAUUUUCCGGUUUUGAUAUUUUGACUUUUGAUGAACGGACUUUGUAUUACCGAUGUAACACUGACCCGUCGGCUUUAUUUACACCGCGCGAGAAGUGUUAAACCGCGCGAGAAGUGUUAAAAUCCCUUGUCAUUAAAGUUCUGCAGUAUUUAAAUCCACUGCAUCAUAUUUCAAAACACUAGUUAUUGUUUCAAUGUGGAUUGUUUGGGGUAAAUUUAAAGUUACAAUAUAAGUCGGAGAUUUCUCAUUAUGAUUACUUAUCGAGUGUCAGCAUUUAAUGAAUGGUGUUUCUUACAAGUGUGUAUAUAUUCUGCUACAUUAUUGACUUCCUCGAUGUCCGUUUGAUGUACCAGAGGAAGGAAUAUGAUCUGUGUACUGUGCUUUGUAAUAUUUAUGGAACCUUUACUUGCUUUUGAAAAUCUAGCACUUAACAAAUUUGCUUGGCAGUCAUCUAGUUAUAAUGGCCUGUGGACAGCGGAUAAAGCAGUAGACGGUCGAUACAGUAUACGGACAGCACUGGGAGGCCAGUGCGCCAUAUCUGGCAUCAAUCAACGAACAGCCACGUGGGUAGUGGACUUGUGGGGUGUGGUCAGUAUUAGUCAUAUCAACAUACACUACAGGACGGACGAUCUACCCAGUCCUUCACGAUACGUUUCACGAAUGGCUGGUUUUUCCCUCUUUGUCUCCAACACUACGUCCAAAGACGACGGCCAUCUUUGUUUUCAUGAAAUACAAAAUGUGAGCGGUACGCCUCUAGAAGACCAGAGGAUCAAUUGUUCUCUUCAUGGAAGAUACGUCAUAUACUACAACGAACGGGACCCGGAUGUUAUUUAUCCUGGUUACUACUCGCAGUAUGCCAUUAAUGAAUUAUGUGAAGUAGAAGUUUACGGAUGCAGUGUUCCCGGGUAUUACGGAGAAAAUUGUAACAUACGAUGCCCGGAACAUUGCCAAGGACAUUGGUGUGAGAUUCACAGCGGGGCGUGCUUUGGUUGCAAUCCUGGGUACCAGAGUCUGCACUGUGAUCAAGUUUGUUCUGGACAAAGAUACGGACCCGAGUGUUCCUUGUCCUGCGGCAGUUGUAAUGAUAGAGAAGCAUGUCACCAUAUCAACGGUUCAUGUCUGCAGGGAUGUGAUGGGGGCUUUGAAGGAGAAAAGUGUCUAAAAGAGUGCGAUUUCGGAUAUUACGGCAAGAAUUGUCGAUACUCAUGUGCUGAAAAUUGCCAAUUUAUAAACCGAUGUAGCCGUCUGGAUGGAGCGUGCGAGGGCGGUUGUAUACCGGGGUGGGCGCCAUCUAGAUGCGACCAGGAGUGCGAUUUCGGAUAUUACGGCAAGAAUUGUCGAUACUCAUGUGCUGAAAAUUGCCAAUUUAUAAACCGAUGUAGCCGUCUGGAUGGAGCGUGCGAGGGCGGUUGUAUACCGGGGUGGGCGCCAUCUAGAUGCGACCAGGAAUGUGACGGCGGGAUGUACGGCGUGAACUGCAGUCUGCGAUGUGGCACCUGUCUGGACAGCGAGCCUUGUCACCGUAUUAACGGGACGUGUUUAAAUGGCUGCUCCCCCGGAUAUUUUGGACCUCGAUGUUCAGAAGUUUGCGAAGAAACCUUCUGGGGGUUGGACUGUAGGGAGAGAUGCAGCAAUGAGUGUGAAGGUCUAACUUGUCGCCAUGACACCGGGGAGUGUUACCUAUUAAAGAAAACCGAUCGCGAUGAUUUUCUAGUUCCUGUCGUCGUUGGAACUGCCGCCUGUGCUGUCGUCGUGGUCAUCAUCAUCGUCAUCAAAAUCGUGGUGGUUCUCAGAAGGAAAAAAUCAUCAAGCAAUACAUACGAAGAAACAACAGAUCAGGGUGAUCACGGUAUUAAUGUUGACCUGCAUUACUCCGUGAUGACAACAUCGACGACAGAGCAUGGAAGUAGCAGAAAUAUACAUGGCGAUGGUGAUUCACAGAAAUGCCACGAUACAUCUGUUUAUGUAGAAAACAUAACAAAUAUAUCCUUAGAUUCACAGGAAUACAACGAUAUAGCUCUUAAUGCAGAAAACAAUCCGGACAUAAUCAUAGAAGAGCUAGAGAAAAUUAUAAAAGAUAACUUGAAAGACGAAGAUAAUAGGUUCAAGAGAGAUUAUGAGGACUUGCCUUACGGUGAGCAAAACAGGUGCGAGGAAGGGAAACAUUCAGCGAACAUCGCAAAGAACAGACGCAAAUCAUUAAUCCCCUAUGAUGAUACCCGAGUAAAACUGAGAAACAGACAGGGACAAGGUGACUAUAUAAACGCCAGUUUCAUCCCGGGAUACCUGGGAAACGAAGAAUAUAUAGCAACACAAGGGCCUAAACAAAAUACUGUAUCAGAUUUCUGGGCUAUGGUAUGGCAGGAAAAUGUGUCUCAAAUUGUUAUGCUUACCAACCUCCAAGAAGGAACGAAGGUUAAAUGUGACCAAUACUGGCCAGAUAUGCAACAAUCCCUCUUACAUGACGUAAUUUCCGUCCGCACCACCAAGGAGAAACACUAUGCGACAUAUUCAAUUCGCGAGUUUAUGGUAACCAAUAAAAAGUUAAACGAGAAAAGAAUAGUGACACAGUAUCAGUACAUCGCCUGGACGGAUCAUGAAUUACCGGAACCGCUCUGCCUCGCCAUGUUUCAUGCUCACGUGAGACGAACGAUAGACAAUCAAACUGCCGGUCCUACAUUGGUACAUUGCAGUAAUGGUGUUGGCCAGACCGGAACUUACGUCGCUAUCGACUCUUUGUACAAGGCUGGUAAACAGGAAAAGAAAAUCAACGCAUCAGAAUACGUGAAGAAGAUGAGGUGGAACCGAAUGAACAUGGUGCAGACUUAUGAGCAGUACAUACUGAUUUUCCUGACACUCAGUGAGCGGUUUAAAGCAGACAUCAUUGUUCAGACGAAAGCAGAUUUUUUGAAGAGAGCGGGGUCAAUGACGAGAGAUGAGCUGAACGAGGAGUUGAAGAAACUCCAAAACAUUCAACCUUCUUACACAGAAGCAGAAUACAUCAGAUUUAGCAGAGGGGUUAGUCAAACGUCUAUACGUCCGCUUGAAAGGUACAGUCUACAUGUACGUCUCUCAAGAUGCAACGAUGCAGUGAAUGCCAUCAGUCUCCCGUCCUACGUCAGUCAGAAAUCCUUUAUAGUGACACAAUGCCCGACACCAGAGGACGCUGUUUUCUUCCUGCACAUGCUCACUGAGUACAAAUCAAAUACCGUGAUUUGUAUGGACGCACAAGAGGACCUGGAAUUUAGUAGCGAAUGGCUACCACAUCAUAAAUCAAAAACUUUACCUCCGUUCACCGUCCAUCGUCAGCGGGAAAAUGUCACAGGUGUCAAGUGUACAACGCUUCAUAUUGUUACUAAUGGGUCGAACGACGAGGUCAGGUCUGUUGAGGUAGUAGAGCCGAAGUCCAGAACACAAUCUACAGAUCAAUUGUCAUCAACGCUGUUCAGUCUGGUUACUUAUGCACUGGACAAUAAACCAAUGAGACCUGUAACAGUAGUAAGCAGGGAUGGAGCAGCUCGUUGUGGCGUGUUCUGUGCCGUACACAAUGUUCUACAACAGUUGUCGAUGGACGGGGAGGUCGACAUUUUCUCUGUUGUACGCCAACUACAAGUCAGGUGCCCGGAACUGUGCUCUACUUCGGAUGAAUACCACCUGAUCUACACAGCGGUGUUGGGCUUCAUCAGAUCGCAAGAACAAGAAAUGUACGCCAACCUCUAGAUACUGUCAGAAAAGGACUAAUUCUGACACCUUUUCAUUGCUUGAUUCUAUAUUUUGACGUAGUUUCGGUGAUACACAACUAAUUACACUGAAGUUCAUGUCGUUUGCUUCUCCGGGGAUUCUGUGAAGUAUUCUUGGCCAGCGAAUUAGAUCGUUCCUACUCCGUGAACAGAAUCACUAUGUUAAAUAAUACAAUCGUAUGUUGUCAUAUCAGUGUUUUCCUGAAUAGUAUGUAUCUCAACCUGAAGGAGACGAGUAAAUUAAUGUGACCGGAAGCUGGGAUUCUUAAUAUUUAUCCAUCAUUACUAGGCCUGAAUGUUUUUGUACUUGAUACUUUUGUUAUACUUUGAUAAUUUGUGGUCUAUUGAACCAUGAUUGUAGAUUUCAUUUCGUUUCUUCCACUCACAUGGGAUAGUCACAUGGAGAAUUAUUGACCGUGUAUAUUUCAUGAUAGAUCAAAUUACGCCUAAAGGGGGCAUUUAAAAUGGUCGAUUUGUUUUUAUUUUCAUUUAUAUACUUCUUAGAAAUUUUUAAUAACUGAGAAAGAUUACCAAUUCAAAUGUAGUUGCCAAGUUUACAUCUAUUUUAAAUUAUGGAUAAAAUUUUCUUCUGAACAA